AUGGCUCUUCACCUCCCUCUAUCCCUUGCAGCUCUCAACAAGUUCCUUCCCUCUGCUUCCUCACCUAGACCACGUUCUCUCAUCCACCUGCUCAACUCGUCAGGCUUUCUUUUCCUUCCCCUUUUUUUUCAUUUUUCAUUUCUUAUUCUUUCUUUCUUUUUUCUUUCUUUCUUUCUUUCUUUUUUCUUUCAGUGCCAGAUAUCUUUCUUCCAUUUUGAUGUCCUCUUUAAGCCUUUCUUUUCUUUCCCUUUCUUCCUUUUCCAUUCCCUACUCUUUCUUUUUUCUUUCUUUCUUUCUUCAUGCGCCUUGAUAUUUUUCUUUCAUUCCAUAUCUCUUCUCUAUGUCUUUCUUUUACUCACCUUUUUUCCUUUUUCAUUUCCAACUUUCUUUCUUUUUUCUCUCUUUCUUCCUUUCUUUCUUCACGCACAAGAUAUCUUCCUUUCAUUCAACAGGUCAUCUUUUAAGUGUUUCCUUUCCUUCCUGUUUUUCCUUCUUUCAUUAGGUGUUUUGUUCUUUUUGUUCAUACAUUCCUUUUUUGUUCCUCUCAAAUGCAUAGAUCUUCUUUCUCUUUAUUCUUAUCACUUUCUUUCCUUUACUUUUUCUUUCUUUCUUUCUUUAUUUUUCUCUGCAUACACAUUCAUUUUUUUUCUUUUUCGAUUGAAACUGUCAUUUCGUAAAUCUUUUUAUUCCUUUCUUCUUUCCUUUUUUUUCUAUUCAUUAUACAUAAUGCCCUACUCUCUCUCUCUCUCUCUCUCUCUCUCUCUCUCUCUCUCUCUCUCUCUAUUUCUUCUUCUUCUUCGCAACAAUUUAAUCAUUCAGUUCUUUUCUUCUUCUUCUUCUUCUUCUUCUUUGUGUUCUUCUUCUUCUUCUUCUUCUUCUUCUUCUUUUUUAAGACCGGGCUUCUUCCUUCUUCUACUUCUCCGUUCUUAUUUCUUCUUCUUCUUCUUCUUCUUCUUCUUCUACUUCUUCUACUUCUCCAGUUCUUUUCUUCUUCUUCUUCUUCUUCUUCUUUCUUCUUCUUCUUCUUCUUCUUCUUCUUCUUCUUCUUCUUCUUCUUCUAUAUGCUUCUUGUCUUCUUCAGGACUUGGGCAAUUCUUCUUCUUCUUCUUCUUCUUCUUCUUCUUCUUUUUCUUCUUCUCGUUUAUAGCUUCUUCUUCUUCUUCUUCUUCUUAG